AUGCCGUUAGGAAAAAUAGAAAGUUUCGAAAUAGGCAGUCAUAAUUGGGAUACCUAUUGUAGAAGAAUAAGACAAUAUAUGACAUUAAACGGCAUUGCAACAGAGUUACACGUGGCGACUUUAGUAACUCAUGUUGGUGUGGAGUGUUAUGAGCUCAUGUGUGACUUGUGUGCGCCUGACCUACCGGAGAUGAAGACAUUCGAGGAACUCGAGCGCAUAGUAAAGGAACAUCUGGAGCCACAGAGGUCGGAGAUCGCAGAAAGACACGUAUUUCGGCAACGAAAGCAGGGACAGGGCGAGACAAUAAACGAAUACCUUCAAAAUUUAAAACAUCUCGCUAAGACAUGCAACUUUGGUGGAACAUUAGAAAUAAACCUCAGAGAUCAGUUCGUGUCUGGCCUGUACCAUGAAGAUAUGAGAUCUAGGCUUUUCGCUGAACGCGAACUAAAUUACAAACGGGCGGUGGAGCUCGCACUGGCACUCGAGGCGGCCGAUAGACACGCAGCCACGGCGGCGUCGGGCAUGUCGAGCGCGGCGAGUGGAAGCACGAGUGCUGCAGCGGCGAGCGAGGGCUUGCAUCGAGUGGCUCGUGCACGCGGCCCACGGACCACGGCGGCGGGCGGCGGUGGCGCGCCGGGCACGGCCACCGGCCGAGGCGGCGGCGGUGGCGGCGGCGGCGGCGGCGACCUCCACCGGGGCGACACGCGGCGCGCGGGACCGUGUCCGCGUUGUGGCAGGGAUGGCCAUGCAGCGGCAAAGUGUCGAUUUAAAAUGUAUAGAUGUGAUCGGUGUGGUGAAAAAGGACACUUGAAGUCAGUGUGUAAGCAUUCGCAAAGAGAUAAAAGUCAGUUUUUUUUAAAUGAAUCUAAUUCAGACUCUGAGAUUGAUUUGGAUUUUUUUAAUUUAUCUUGUAGUGGCAAAGAUGCACCUUAUUAUGUCAGCGUUAAGGUUGAAAAUUGUAAAAUUAAGUUCGAGAUUGACACAGGUAGUAAAAUAUCGGCGAUUUCGAAGGUAUGUUAUGAUAAGUUGUUUUCACAUCUUACAUUAAUAAAUCAAUCUCUUAGAUUAAAAUCGUACACAGGUAAUAUAAUCAAACCCUUAGGCUAUAUUUUAGUGAAUGUUAUCCAUGAUAAAUUUUCAGAUAAGUUGCAACUAUUUGUAUUCGAAAAUGGCGGUCCCCCGUUGCUUGGUCGAACAUGGAUAAGACGCUUACAGCUAAAUACAUUAGAAUGUCAUAAUAAUAUAGCUGAAGUCAAUCAUAAUAGUAUUGUUAAAAUGCUACGUGUUGAAUUUCCCGAAGUAUUUGCUGAUGGGUUGGGAACCUAUAAUAAAUCUUGCAUACAAUUACAUUUAACUGAUAAGACGCCCGUGUUUGUUAAGGCGCGUCCCCUGCCGCUUGCUUUACGCGAGCCAGUGGAACGAGAACUAGAACGAUUAAAGCGGGAUGACGUUAUUUAUAAAGUAGAACGUUCGGAUUACGGGACACCUAUUGUCCCCAUUGUAAAAAAAAAUGGUAGUAUCCGUAUAUGUGGUGACUACAAAAUCACUCUAAAUCCACUGUUAAAAGAUUUUCACUACCCGCUUCCGCGCGUUGAAGAUAUAUUUGCUAACCUAGCGGGUGGUGAGCAGUAUUCAAAAUUAGAUUUAUCUCAUGCCUAUCAGCAGGCACUUUUGUCUGAGGAGUCACAGCCCAUGACAGCAAUCACAACACAUAUAGGGACUUUCGUUUACAAAAGAGUACCCUUUGGUUUAAAGUGUAUACCAGAAAAUUUCCAAAAAUUAAUUGAAGAAAUCUUGAGUGGAUUGCCCUCAGUGGUAGCAUUCCAAGACGACAUUUGUGUGACAGGAGUAGAUAGGUGUGAACAGGCAUUUAUGGAAAUUAAAAAUACAUUAAGUAAAAGUCCUGUGUUGGCGCAUUACAAUGCUAAGUUACCACUCGUGUUGUCGGUAGACAGCAGCGCGUAUGGACUGGGCGCGGUACUCGCACACAAGUAUACCGAUGGCUCCGAGCGGCCGAUCAGCUGUGCCUCGCGUACGCUCAACGAAGCGGAACGUAACUCACAAAUAGAUAAGGAGGCGCUGGCGAUUGUUUUCGGUGUUACGAAGCACCACCAGUACAUAUAUGGCAGACGUUUUAUUAUACGUAGUGACCACCGUGCUCUCAGUUACAUAUUCGGUAAAAAUAAAGGUAUACCGCAAACAGCAGCGAGUCGUUUACAAAGAUAUGCUGUACGGUUAGCGGCGUACAAUUUUGAUAUUGAGUUUGUACCAUCGAAUAAAAACUGUGUUGCCGACGCGCUGUCUCGUUUACCUUUAGAAUAUACAAAACAGGUUUAUGAGCAGGAUUGUUAUAGUUAUUUGAAUUUUGUAGAAGAUAAAUUACGAUUACAUUUAAUCAGAUAA